ACUAGAAAUGUUGUACAUCAAUAGCUAAGCGAAAUAUAUCAAAAUAAAUGUGACUUCGAGAAAUAUAAGAGUCGGGAACAUCAUGAGCAAGCACGCGCUAGUGGCUAACUAAACUACAAACAGUUCCUAUGCAUUUAACCUUGUGUUUAAAUGAAAUUUCACAAGAGCUACGCAAAUUGUCGCGUUCGGCGAUAUUUGCUCAUAUUUACGGCCUUAUCGCUGGUAUUGCUGCCCUUAUCACUCAUAUACUUGGUGUGGAACGAGCAGCUGCAGAAGAUUAAGGGAUACGAGCUGCAGCAGCAACAACAGCGGCAACAGCAGCAGCAGCAGCAUCAGCAGCCACCACAGUCAAAGCGGGCAAAGCAAAUCCAGCCAGCGGGUCAAACAUUUCGUUAUCCUGUCCUGCUGCUGAACAAGAACAAAAACAAGGAACUAACCGUGGUGGCAACGGGCAAGACUAAGAAUAAGUGGCGCUAUGUUGAUAAAAUCAACAAUGAAACAGGCCUCUCGCUCAUACCCGAGUAUGCGAUACAGUCGCUUUCCCCGGAGGAGAUGCAGGAAAUGUCCGUGCGCAUGGAGGCGCGACUCAAUAGACUGAAGGAAAAGUGUUCGGAGUUCGGGCUGGAUGUGGUGGGCCAGGAUACCUGGCACACGCCCAACACUUGGGAAUUUUUGGUUAAUAAAAAAUAUCAUAUUAUAUGGUGCAAUGUGUUCAAGGCGGCCUCCUCGUCCUGGAUGUUCAAUUUCAAUGUGCUGGCUGGCUACACGCCCAACUAUUUGCUAAAGACCAAGAAGAUUCUGCUCAAUUUGGCCAGGGAGCGUUAUCCACGCGUAACUCUGCAAGAGUUACGUGAGGCGCAGAAUGAUUCGACUACGUUUAUCAUAGCCAGAAAUCCCUUUGAGAGACUUCUGAGCGCCUAUCGAGAUAAGAUCGUAUUCGCUCUGCCCUAUUCCUUUCACGACAAACUGGGUCGCAGCAUUGUGCGUAACUAUCGCAAGAAGCCCAAGCUGGUCUCACGAGCGGGCAACACAAAGUACCCUUCGUUUCCGGAGUUUGUGCACUGGCUGCUCGAUCAGGUCAAGCGGGGCAACUACAUAGACAUGCACUUCGUUUCGGCCACAUCGUUUUGCACGCCCUGCCUCAUACGGUUCGAUAUGAUAUUGAAGUUCGAGUCGCUGGCAGAGGAUCAACUAUAUCUAAUUGAAAAGACUGGCCUCCAGCGUGUCAUAGCGCCCGUGUGGCGCAACAUGGGCAAAGGAGGCAGAAAGACCCAGGAGCUGCAGCAGCAGUUCUAUUCCCAGCUGACCAAGCAAGAGAUGCUGGAGCUCUACAACUAUUACCAAUACGACUUUGAUCUGUUUGAUUAUGAUAUCAAGGAGUAUUUGAAGUAUGCCAGAGCUGAUGAAGAAGCAGGCGCCGCCGCAUCGGGGGCGUAAUUACACUUAAAAUUCAUAGAAUUUAAUAAAAAUGCAGAAAAGCAAAACUAAAUGUAUACAGAAAAGAAGGGAAGAUAUCACUUAGACACGUAUGAUCAAAUUAGCCGUCACAGUAGGUAAUUGCAAAUGUUGAUAAUAAUGAAUGAAACAAUAAUAAAGUUAAUGGCUAUAACUAUGGUAAAAACUAGAGCAAUGUUUUAUAUUCUUAACUAAAGACUUUCCACUUGAACUGAAAAUGUAUAAUAAA